GCUGACGAAGAAGAAGUGCCGAGCGAGCUGAGUCUGUGUUGUUAGGCCAGGCGCAGCGCAGAUGACUUGAUUAGUUUCCACUUCGCAGUUGUCCUCUCGGCUCUUGCUUUGUCUCACUUUCGACUUAAACUGGCACCGUGAAUCUUUUUUCCACCAGCUAAAGUCUGCACGAAUUAGCUCAUCAUGGAAAACAAGAAAUCCUUGUUUGUGCUCUUAGCUUGUGCAUUGUUUGCGAGCGUUCUCGCCGCAGAAACUCUCCCCCCUGCUACUGAGGUUCCUCCCCCUACAACCCCUGCAGGGACGACGACCACUCCUGCCACUCCUUCUUCAAGUACUACCGCUCCUUCCUCAACCACCGUACCUCCACCUCCCACUACUUCUACUUCAGCUCCUACAACAACCCCAACUCCUGCUCCCACAACUCCUGCUCCCGCUCCCACAACUCCUGCGCCUACACCCAGUCCCUUCCCUGACAGUCUUCAGAAAGGAAACUGGACCGUCUCUGGUGACAAUGUCACGUGUAUCCUUGCAGCCAUGUCGGUGUCGGCUAAAAUAAAGUACCCUGUCCAGGGUGCCAAUACGACUCUCGAAAAGGCAGUGUUUGUCCCAUCACUUGCCAAAGCUGAGGGAUCUUGUGACCCCACUAGCCAGUGGAUCAAGCUCACCUGGGGUAACAACAGUAUGCAGGUUGACUUCAAGAAGAAUGAUACCGCCAAGAUGUACUUCAUCUCCCAGAUUACGUAUUCAUUAUUCGCUGAUUCAGCUGUCUUCAAAAACAUCUCAACCGAUCUUGCCAACAAACAAUACAACUUUAUGAGAGUCAAGCAAGAUUACAUGGUCAAUCUUAACCAGUCUUUCCACUGCACUCGUGAGCAGAAUCUAACUCUGACCAAUGAUGGAUCCAAGAUCAACGCUGAGCUGUUCCUCAGCAGUGUUCAGCUUCAGGCCUUCCACAUUGAAAACACAGCUGUGUUUAGUGCUCCUCAAUACUGUGAAUUGGACACCCCCGACAUCGUUCCUAUUGCUGUGGGUUGUGCUCUGGCAGCCCUUGUCAUUGUAGUUCUUGUUGCUUACCUUGUCGGACGCCGCCGAUCUCAAGCUCGUGGAUACCUUAGCAUGUGAGUUGACGUGCAGUCACAUCCAUAAAUUGGUUUGCAGUUUGUUUUGCAGCCAGUGCGCUUACACCAAGCGUCUUGAAUUAUAUCUAUUAGACCAUCUUCUGAAGGGUGUGGUGUAUUAGCAGCAUAAGGCACAGGGCACUCUAAAUAAAUUUAGGCAUGGUUUUGUUUCUAAAAAUAUGGAGGACAGGGUAUAUGUAUUAAUGCUUUGGUUUCUAUCUCUUCCUUGUCACUUUUAAAUUGAAUGUUUGUGUAAACUGUUGAUCCAAAGUUUCUAAGACCCUGUGCCUUGAAGCUCAUCUAGAGCUGGGGGGCUACAAUGAUUUUCUAUUGUUGUAUGUGAAGCAACACCCAAGAUUUGUGAUGUUCCUAAAAUUUAUUCAAUUAUUUCUUGAAGUGUAAGAUUACCAGUGGAAUUAAGGAAUUGGGCAAAUUCUUGGGCCAUCUGUGAUUUUUGUUCUAAUCAGCUGUGGCAGUGUGCUCCUAUUCAACAUAACAAUGCUAUGAGAAAUAUAUUUCUGAAUGUGUGUUCGCAAUUGAAGAACAUCCUACCACUCAAAGCAGCAAGUAAACCGUUUUAGCAGAAUCUCAUACUGGGUUUUCUCUUUUCAAUGAUGUAUGUUGUACUGUUGGGUGUAGUUUGAUUUGGUGAUGACUGUAAAUCCUUCCAUGCACGCUCUUUGUAUUUGGUGAUGGCUCGGUAAACUAUUAAAAACAAUUUAUCAGUUUCUUAGCCCCAAUGCUAUUAGAUACACAUGUUUUUCAGAUUUUUGGACUGAUUUUGAAGAGCGUGCUUUGGAAGGAUUCGUGCCAUCAAGAAGGAGUUUUCCCCCCCCUCUCAAUGUUAAAUGUCAUUCCUUAACCCUUGUGUUACUUCAAAAUUAAAUCAAACCCAGAUGUAUACUUGCUUGAUGACAUCUAUUUUGCUUGGAGACCUGGUGUUAGAUUAUGAUUUGUAGUCCAUAUAUGUAGGUCAGUUUCCAUUUUAACGUUUUCAUCUUCUUUGUAAACCUUUGAGAUUCUUCAUUAGAUAGUUGCUAUCACUACUCCAGCAGGAUUAGAUUGUUAAUUUUAAAAUUUGUUCCAAUUAUUAGUAUAGGGCAAUUAUUCUUGCCCUUUGCCAUGAAUUCGCCAUGUGGUGCUUUCCACAUAACAAUUUCAUGUGUUGUAUAUAAUAAAUUUCAGAUUUAAUGGACUGAAGGUAUCUUGACUUUGUUUUAAAGUAGCAACUGGGAGAUGCAUCAUUUAUCUUAUUAUAUUAGUAGAUUUGCUUUUAUCAUAAAGAUGUGUAGAGUUCUCUUGUUUUUAUUUUUAUAAAUGUCCUUGUAGUUGUAGGGGGGUGUAUCUUGCUGGUAGCCUCAACUUUUGCAAAGGCUGCCUACAGAGUGUCUGUGUGUAACAGUUUCCGGCUGUGAAAGGACCUUCUUUGGAAAGUUUAAAUGACAGUUUCUCAUUGUAAUCUUACUGUACAAAAUGUAAUACCGAUACUUCGGAUCUAAUAAAUAUUUGAUGUCA